UUUACAAUAAAAAAUGAUACCUAAAUAGUAAAUAGUUUAUAGUUAAUAGUGUUAAUACUAAUUUCUAUAUAAUAUAUGAGUUAGUUGCUAGUUUGUUACUUUGCUAGUCCGAAUCUCCGAAUUUCCCGACUUCUGAUUAACUCGAUAUUAACAUUCUCUAGGCCCUAUAACUGUAAUCAAGUAACUUUUGACGGUUUACAUAUCAUUUUGGCGGAAAAAAUUGUUCUUAACAAAAAGAAAUAUGGCACCAUCAGCUGCAGUAAGCAAAAAAGAUAAUAUUCCAUCGACAUCUGAAGAUUUUGAUUUAGAGAAGACUGCUGAAGAAGCAAAAUCUUUGAUUGAAAAAGUCAUCAAAGAUGUGGGCAAAAAAUCUGCAACCAGACAGUUGAUAUUUGGUUCAGCAUCUGGAUGGGCGACUGGUUUUAUAAUGAUGAAAUUGGGUAAAGCUGCUGCAUUCACAGUUGGAAGUGGUAUAUUAGCACUACAGCUGGCUAAUUCGAGCGGUUAUAUAAAUAUUAAUUGGGAUAAAUUGACCAGAGGUGUAGAAAGAGUGGCCGAACGAGUCGAAGACAGUACAAGUGACAAAAAGAAAGGAUUAUUGAAGAAGGUGGGACGCUAUGUCGACAAGAAACUAGACAAAGCUGAGGAUUUAUUAAGGAAGAAAGAACGCAAAGCUAAACGUUGGUUUAACCGUAUAUCUGGUGACGAGGAAGAGUUUGUUUUUGAAGAGAUUCAUGUAUUCUUAGCAUCUUAUUUAGUUGGCCUUGUUCUUGGAAUUUCUUGUGGCAUAGUUACUCGCUGAAACGAUCAUUUAACAAUAUACUUUUACGCUACAAAAAAAUAAUUUAAUUUUUAAUAAUUGUUCGCAUGUAAAUACCACUACUACUAAUAGUUCCAUAUUAAUAAAUUUAAUUAAUUUGUCAAUGAAAAAAGGCAUUUGAUUUUUCAUUUAUUUACUAAAUAUACUUAAUUAAUAAUUAUAUUGUAUUAUCAUCAUACUUUUUUUUAGUUUAAGUAUUGUUUUGAUACUAGUCAGUUCAAAAUGAGUUGUUCCAUUCAUUUAUGUAAUGUUUUGUGAUCAAAUAAAUUAUGAGCCUAGGUUUUUUGA